AUGGAAGCCACUCAACAAGCUGAGAGAAAGUCUUUGAAGAAGAGUCUUGCCUUUGCCACUGCAAGUCACGAGAUUCGUAACUUGUUGACAUCCAUUGUUGGUUUCAUACAGGACUGCAAUGAGGAUUUGCUUCAAGAUUUAGCUACAGCAACAAACCUGAAAGCCAUUCAUGAUUCCACACAGGACUUAGUAGGUUUCUUGAAUGCCAUUCUGGACACAAGCAAGCUUGAAGAAGGCAAGAUGCAACUGGAAUAA